CUCCCCCAGCAGCCCUCGCUCCCUUCGCAUCAGCCUUCAUCUCUUGCAUCCCCCCCCAACGCCGGGCUGACCGAGCAUUGCUGCAUUGUCCCUCGUCCUGCCCACUCGUGCUCAGCCUGCCCCGUCCGUGUUCGUGUGCGCGCUGCCGUUGUUCUCUGCGCCUGACUCUCCGCACCCCGACCAGCUCCCGCGCGGUACGCUCGCCAGGCGCGUACUCGCACUCCUUCCCGGCGACACCGUCAUCGCCUUGCAUCUCGUCCCGACCUGCUUUCUGUGACCCGUCCCGUUGACGUCGGUCGCGACGUUGUUGUCCAGGCGCGUGUCCAUCUGCAGUAGCCACCAUGGCGAGCCACCAGCAGCCUUCACCCACGACGGGCAUGCCUCCACAUCACGGCAUAUCGCAUCUCGCUCAUGCGCAAGCGAACGGCCAUCCGCCGCACGCCAACCAGCCAAAGACAUCGACGCAGUAUCUUGCGCAACUAACCGAGGCCGUCUGGAACCAACUGGGCUCAUUGUCAGAGCAGAUGCAUGACUGGGAUGGUGCUAUGGAAUGCUACCAGCACGCCUUGAAGCACAACCAAUGGUCUGUGCCCGCGCUGCAGGGCAUUGCGUGCAUCUUGCGCACCAAAGACGCCUUCCCGCAAGCUGUCGAAUACCUCCGCAUCGUCUUGAAAGUUGAGCCUGCCAAUGGCGACGUCUGGGGCAGUCUUGGCCAUUGCUAUCUGAUGAUGGACGACUUGCAGCAGGCCUACUCUGCCUACCAGCAAGCACUGUACCAUCUUUCUGAUCCCAAGGAACCCAAGCUCUGGUAUGGCAUUGGCAUCCUCUAUGACCGCUAUGGAUCUCUCGAGCAUGCCGAAGAGGCCUUCUCGCAGGUUAUGCGCAUGGAGCCCAACUUUGAAAAGGCAAACGAGAUAUACUUCCGUCUCGGUAUAAUAUACAAGCAGCAACAGAAAUUCAACCAGAGUUUGGACUGCUUCAAGUACAUUGUUACCAACCCGCCUCGGCCAUUGACCGAGGAGGACAUCUGGUUUCAGAUAGGCCACGUCUACGAGCAGCAGAAAGAGUUCGAGGCUGCCAAGGGCGCCUAUCGCCGGGUUCUCGAGCGCGACCCGAACCACGCUAAAGUCCUCCAGCAGCUUGGUUGGUUACACCACCAGCAGAGCACCAACUAUGCCAGCCAAGAACAGGCCAUCGAGUAUCUCGAGAAAUCGGUCGCUUCGGACCAAAACGAUGCACAGAGCUGGUACCUGCUGGGUCGUUGCUACAUGUCCCAACAAAAGUACCCCAAGGCAUACGAGGCGUAUCAACAAGCCGUGUAUCGCGAUGGCAGAAACCCAACGUUCUGGUGCAGCAUUGGUGUGCUUUACUACCAGAUCAACCAAUAUCGUGAUGCGCUCGAUGCUUACUCACGAGCCAUUCGAUUGAACCCCAACAUUUCCGAGGUUUGGUACGAUCUUGGUACUUUGUACGAGUCGUGCAACAACCAGACAGCCGAUGCACUGGACGCAUACCAGCGUGCUGCAGACCUCGAUCCAUCCAACGUACACAUCAAGGCUCGCCUGCAGCUCCUGCAAAAUGGCCAAGCCUCAGCAGGCGCGCCCAACCAGGGCCAUGCUCCUAUUCCUCAGGAUGUACACCCCCAGGCUUACCAACCUGCUUCCGUUCACGGGCCUGCUGCUCCCCAAUGGGGUGCUCCUCAACCUCAGCAGCCUCCUCAGGGACCUGCUCCGCCUGCAUUGGGAGCCCCCGGUUGGGAUCGACCUUUGGCUCAGAUUCGCGACCCUGGGCUUCCACCGCAGCAGUUGAACCCUUACGAACAGCGCGAGGGUGUUCGACCACCUGCUCAACAUGUUCCCCAGCGACCAGUGAGCCCAAGACAGGAGCCUCAGAGAUCGUAUCCUGAGCCUCAGCGACCUUCCACUAACGGCCCUGGCCCGUCUGGUCCCGUUGGCCCUCCUCCCCAAGGUCCUGGAUCCAUGCGUCGUGGCAUGUCGCCUUCUCCCAAAACGCAUCACGUCGUCCCCAGCCCCUACCACCCUCAACCGUCUCAGCUCACUCCGCAAAUGCCUCAUGCUCAGCCGCAGCCUCCUCAUCAUCAAGUUCAGCAGCCAUCGCAACCUAAUCGUAUCUCGAACCCGAAUUACGGUCCUCAUGCGGGUAGUGUGCCACCUCCACCGCCACCUCCUCCUACCGCGCUGCAGGGCCCGCCCGGCCACGGACUUGGUCAAGGACCCAUGCCGCCCUACGGACGUCCCAGCAGUCCACCACCGGAAGUCCGUCCCAUCGUAGAGAACCGCGCAGGGUCUCCGCGCAAUGCAUACCAAGGACCAUACCAGCAUCACCCUGACCCUUCUGCUAGCAGUGGCAUCGCUAGCGGCGCUCCUCCACCAGCAUCUGCCCUGGCCGCAGCUGAAGCAGCUGCACGAGACCGCGACGACCGCCCGCCAACCGCACCCCCGAAACGAAUUCGGGAAUGGGAAGGAAAUGACCACAUGAGCAUCAAGGCACCAAGUAACGACGAGAAGCGUCAGAAGCUUGAGGAGUCGCACAGCCGUCGCCCGACUCCUCCACACCGAAUGUCAUCUCCGCAAGUGCCUCGUCAUAGCCCUCAAGAUGCUCCUGAUCCUCGAAGAUUCAACGACGGAUAUCAUCCAUCCGAGGCUGCUCACCACCCGCCGUCGCUUCCGUCGAUGGGACCUGCGCCGCCAUUGCCUCGCAUGACAGAAACACCGAAGCCGAAACAGGAUCGCCAGGAGCAUCACGAGCCAGCAGCUCGUCGUAUGGACGUUGACGAGGACUACGACGAUGAGGGCGAUGAUGCCAAGGUCAGCGCAGCAAAGCCCGAGCACGAAAGCCCGCGGAAUCCUACUAACGGAGUGGUUCACGCGCCCACCCCGGUCGAGCAAAAGUCCUGAGUCGAGUUGGUGCGAUGGGCUCUAAAAAGGCCAACCUAGUGUUGUGCUGCACAAUGGUAUAUCCAUCAUACGUGGGGUUCGAAUGUUGGUACAGGACUGUUCGGCACGAUUGUCAUUUGAGAAGGAACGACCGGCGUGUCCUCACUUUUCCGUUGAACUGUAAUUUUGCUUUCAAACCAGUUGGUAUCUUCAUUCAUGAUUCGAGCGAUUUGGACUAGAAGUCAAGCGAGGUUGAUGUCGGAUAUUCACCGAAUUUGAAAAGCGGUUUAGCAGGGUAGGCGAUUGCCAUAGUGGUGCAGAUUGGCUCAUGAUCGUUGCCUGUUGUCUAUUGCGGCAGGUACGUGUUUCUUUGCGUUUGUUUCCAAGAAUGAAAUAGCAACUUGAUUGAAUAUCAAUCCUUCC